AAAUAUUAUGGUGAUUGGGGACAAUGUUUUUCAUGCCAUGAAGAACUCGAUGCCAAAUGCAAGUUUGCUAAAAUCAUCAUCAGGAGAUGAAGCUCUGACGUUUAAUAGACUAUUCCAGUGGUUACUAAGGAGCAGCCAUUGUAGAAAGAAGGUACAAGACAACAAAUCUCUGAACAUUAUGCAGUGGAAGAGGCUGCAAAAUUGCUUAACAAGUUUUGGAUUUGAUGUUGUUGUUCAAGAGGGUAAUUUUGAUGCCAAGGCCACCUUCCGUCUUGGGGUGGCAUACCACGAAGCAAGCCACGAGGCAUUGCGCACGGGAGACACUCUUGUUGGCAGCCCACAGGAACGCACGGCAGAGGGCGGAAGGGGUUUUGACGACUGGAGGUGGGGGGAUCAUAGCCGCCAUCGCAUAGGCCAUAGGUCUGUAUCAAAGUUAUGUUUAAGUGUAUUACCUUUGGAGUUUCUGAACACCUGUUUGUCUGGCAUGAGGCACAACGAAGCAGUGAUUGAGACCUCUUUGGUACUGCAGUUUUUUUCUGAACACACACGUAUUGGGCAAUGUGGCCACCUGGGAGGUAAUCUUUCAGAUCCAACUAAUGAUGCAAAUGGCAUCAAGAAAGACGGCACAUUGUAUGAUCGAGGUACUGGCAAGGAAUUGUAG